AUGUUUUUGGAAAUGCUGAACCCCAGGCACUAUAAUGUCACCAUCAUGGUCCCGGAAACUGUGCCUGUCAGUGCCAUGCCACUUCUGCUGAUCAUGGGCCUCCUCCUCCUGAUUCGGAAUUGUGAGAGCUCAUCUUCCAUACCAGGUCCUGGCUACUGUCUGGGAAUUGGGCCUCUCAUUUCCCAUGGCAGAUUCUUGUGGAUGGGGAUUGGAAGUGCCUGCAACUACUACAAUAAGAUGUAUGGAGAGUUCAUGAGAGUCUGGAUCAGUGGAGAGGAGACACUCAUCAUCAGCAAGUCCUCGAGCAUGUUCCAUGUGAUGAAGCACAGCAACUACAUCUCCAGAUUCGGCAGCAAGCGUGGGCUGCAGUGCAUUGGCAUGCACGAGAAUGGCAUCAUAUUUAACAACAACCCCAGCCUGUGGAGAACGGUCCGCCCUUUCUUCAUGAAAGCUCUGACAGGCCCUGGUCUUGUUCGAAUGGUAGAAGUCUGUGUGGAAUCCAUCAAGCAGCAUUUGGACAGGCUGGGUGACGUCACUGACAACUCGGGCUACGUGGACGUGGUGACCCUCAUGAGACACAUCAUGCUGGACACUUCUAACAUGCUCUUCCUGGGGAUCCCCCUGGACGAAAGUUCUAUUGUGAAGAAAAUCCAGGGUUAUUUUAAUGCCUGGCAAGCACUCCUCAUCAAACCAAACAUCUUCUUUAAGAUUUCUUGGCUCUACAGAAAGUAUGAGAGAUCCGUCAAGGACUUGAAAGACGAGAUCGAAAUUCUGGUGGAAAAGAAAAGACAGAAAGUUUCCUCAGCAGAGAAACUGGAAGACUGUAUGGAUUUUGCAACUGAUUUGAUUUUCGCUGAGAGACGCGGAGACCUGACAAAGGAGAACGUGAAUCAGUGUAUAUUGGAAAUGCUGAUUGCGGCCCCUGACACCAUGUCCGUCCUCUGUACGUCAUGUUGCUUCUCAUUCCCAGAGGGCGUAUCGGUGGAAACAGCUAUACUGAAGGAAAUCCACACUGUUGUGGGUGACAGAGACAUAAGGAUUGGUGAUGUGCAAAAUUUGAAAGUGGUGGAAAACUUCAUUAACGAGAGCCUGCGGUAUCAGCCUGUCGUGGACUUGGUCAUGCGCAGAGCCCUGGAGGAUGACGUGAUUGACGGCUACCCGGUUAAAAAGGGAACUAACAUCAUUCUGAACAUCGGAAGAAUGCACAGGCUCGAGUAUUUCCCCAAGCCCAAUGAAUUUACUCUUGAAAACUUUGAGAAGAACGUUCCCUACAGGUACUUUCAGCCAUUUGGCUUUGGGCCCCGCAGCUGUGCUGGGAAGUACAUCGCCAUGGUGAUGAUGAAAGUUGUCCUGGUUACACUUUUGAAACGAUUCCAUGUGAAGACAUUGCAAAAAAGGUGUAUUGAAAAUAUGCCGAAAAAUAAUGACUUGUCCUUGCAUCUAGAUGAGGACAGCCCCAUUGUGGAAAUAAUUUUCUCUCCAAGGAAUUCAGAAAAGUACCUCAAACAGUGAACAAGUGGGGUCUGUCUACUCUGACGCAUUACUCAUCGAUAGCUACCUGGGAACAUCAGUUUUAUCGAGUAGGUGGCCUCAACCUCACCACGGAUGUUUGAUGGUCUGAAGCAUUUUAUGAUCACAGCUCCUAUGGUUUGUCAGCAAGCCAAGCAUCCAUCCAGAGAGCCGGGAUGCAAAAGAAAGGAGUCCAUGUUGGGGACCAGUAAAGAGACUGAAGCCUUAAAGGACCAAUCCUACAAAAUAUACAUUGGGAAAGCAGGCCAUCAGUAAAACCCAUCUGGUCUCCUGCUAGAGUUCCACAGUUGUUGUCAGCACAUCUAAAUGACUCUGGCAGAAGUACUUAAGUUAUUAGAAAGGCCAGGCCAUGUGGGGUCAGGCAUAAAUGAACAAAAGGAACUUUCAUUUGUGUGUGUGUGUGUGUGUGUGUGUGUGUGUGUGUGUGUGUGUGUUGAGGGUAAGUGGGAAGUAACAAUCUAGACUCUUCCCACAAGUUAAGCCCGGUUGCUUAUGAUGGAUCCCCAUGUAAACUGUUUUGGGGGCAAAAGUUAAACAUGGGAGUAUUGUUUCUUACUCUCAAUUCGUGCUCCCAGGAGUGUAGCUUGACUGUAGUAGGUGUAGAUUCAGGUAGAACAUGCCUAAGUCGUAUUAGCCUGAGUAAAAUAUAGCUAGGACUCUGUGUGUGGUGUAGGGGGAAAAUCACAUGGUGCAUUUCAAAUAAAUAGGUCUUUUUAAAAAGCCAUUUGCAUUGUUGCUUAGCUCCUUUAGCAGUCUGAGGAAGGAAAUCCCUCUGUGACUACAUCGAGUACAGCAGGCCAGUGGGCCCCCACUUCUAAAGAGUCAUCUCUUCCUUUGACAUACCUUCUCACCUUUUUUUUUGUCAUGACCCCAUUCUUUCAAAGAAUAAAGAGUUGAACCCUCA